AGGCCAGCAAACUCAUCGCGUGUAAGAACUUAUAUGAUUUCAUCAUCUCCCUUUUUUAUAUCCCCUUUAUACAAUCAUAAUAGGGAAAUAUUAUGAGUAACCCGGUUGUUCAUAUAUAACGACGCGAGAACUACUACAUUAUCUGCUGGGGUUUGGCGAAAGAAAACAUCCUGUUCGUCGUAUGAGUUGGGUGUGAUAACAUCAUCUUCAUCGCAUUUGCUUGCUUCAUACAAUCACGUUUGAUUUUAGUUACUGUUUCCCCUAUAAGAAGCAUAUUCCACGGUUUACACAUAUGUAAACUCCAUAUGCGCAUAACUGACCAGUUCAUAGGUUAAUACGAUACCUCGAGAUUUACCAGAAAGUGACCUCACGAGGGGCUGUGGGCAUGCGACCCAUCAGUAUUCCUGGAUCAUCUAGAUCGUUGCUUAUUCACCAGACUUGAACUUCCUUCUGUUCAUCGGUGAAAGCACCGUUGCUACUUCGCCCGCUAGCUGGUGUCGCAAGGAAAGCUCGACGAUCGGGUGACUUCAGGAAACUCCUAAAUCAGCUUUUUCACGCCUGAUAGCAGCCUUCAGCAUUCUUCUCACAAUAAAAAAGUACCCCAGCUUCCUAAGUUAGAUACAACAACAUUAUGGAAGGCGAGGAUCAAGCUAUGGCAGAUGCGCCGAAUGGAUUUGACGAGUCCCACGUCGCCCCUGCCGUGGGAGGGGAAGACGGCGAUAUUUCUACCAAUAAUGGCAUGAACGUCGACACGGAUGAAAGCGAUGCCUCUAGUGAUACUGAAUAUGUGCUAAAAUCAAUGCGACGCCGAGGAUUACUUCCCACCGGUUGCUGUUACGACGAUAGGAUGAAGCUCCAUGCCAAUGCUGAUUUUGGUCCGUCGCCUCAUCACCCAGAGGACCCGAGAAGAAUUGAGGAGAUUAUGAAGAUGUUCAAGAAGGCUGGCCUCGUUUAUACAGGGCCGGACUCUGACCUUGCCGACAUUUUAAGAGAUACCCCCACGAAGUAUAUGUGGAGGAUUCCAGCCCGCCCAGCGACGAAACAAGAAAUCUGCACAGUACACACAGCGAGACAUUAUGAUUGGGUUCAAGGUCUUUCUGAAAUGUCAACACGGGACUUACGGGUACUAAGUCAUAGCCUAGACCAGGGCAGAGCCUCUCUUUACGUUGGCGGUAUGUCUUAUGAAGCAGCACUGCUAGCGGCAGGAGGGUGCGUAGAGACAUGCAAGAACGUCGCUGCUGGUCAGGUCAAGAAUGCAUUCGCCAUCAUCCGACCGCCGGGACACCACGCAGAAUACGAUACCCCGAUGGGUUUCUGUCUGUUCAACAACGUUCCUAUUGGCGCCAAGGUCUGUCAAGCCGAAUACCCAGAUACUUGCAGAAAAGUUCUCAUUUUGGAUUGGGACGUCCAUCAUGGAAAUGGUGUGCAAAAUAUGUUCUACGAAGAUCCGAAUACCCUCUAUAUAUCCCUACACGUAUAUGAUAACGGCAAUUUCUACCCAGGAAAACCUGACAAUCCUAUGAUACCCGACGGAGAUAUAGAUAAAGUUGGUGAGGGGAAGGGUCAAGGAUUCAACGUCAAUAUUGCAUGGCCAUCUCAAGGAAUGGGUGACGGCGAAUACUUGGCUGCUUUUCAAAAGAUUGUCAUGCCAAUUGCGCAGGAAUUCAACCCGGAUAUGGUCAUCAUUUCGGCAGGCUUCGACGCCGCCGAUGGGGACGAACUAGGAGGAUGUUUCGUUACGCCCAGCUGCUAUGCUCAUAUGACCCAUAUGCUUAUGUCGCUUGCCGGCGGAAAGGUGGCCGUUUGCUUGGAGGGAGGGUAUAACUUGAAGGCGAUAUCCCACUCAGCUCUAGCUGUUGCUCAGACACUUAUGGGCGAACCACCGCCUCAGAUGGAAAUGCCACCCAUCAACAAGGAGGCUGCGAAAUUGCUAGCCAAAGUAAAAGCCACCCAAGCUCCUUUUUGGGAAUGCAUGAGACCCGGAGUCAUUGAUGUCCAGGGGCUUGGAGAAAAGACAUCUCGUCUUCACGAUGUUAUCCGAGGCUACCAACGACAGAUAUUAUCAGAGAAAUAUGCCAUGAUCCCCCUAUUUAUCCAAAGAGAAUUCCUUUACAAGUCAUUUGAGAACCAAGUUCUCGUCACACCAGGAUUGCAGGCAAAGAGGAGAAUCAUGUGCAUUAUUCACGACCCCCCCGAAUUGAAGGUGAUGCCGGAUACUAUUGAUAAUAAGGUCGAUCCUCACAAUGGCUUUGUCUUGGAUGGUGUUAACUCUUACAUCGACUGGGCCUAUAAGAACAACUUUGGUAUCAUGGAUAUCAACAUCCCGCCAUACAUCACUCACCCCGAGGAUAUAGAUGCUUAUACCCCUCGGGCUGACGAGAAGACAUUGCAACGCCAAAUCCAAGAAUUGGUAUGCUACAUUUGGGACAAUUACCUUCAAUUAUAUGAUGUGGAGGAUUUGUUCCUCGUGGGCGUUGGAAACGCAUACGUAGGGAUUAAGGUUCUCUUGACAAAUCGAGAUUGCAAGAGUCGCAUCGCGGGAGUUAUCAACUUCGUUAUCGGAAAUCUUCGACCCGUCAAGUCGGAAACGGAUACGGAGUUGUCGAGUUGGUAUAAGCACAAUUCGCUCGUAUACGUCGCGAAUGACCACGCGUGCUGGAAGGAUGGGGAAUUGGCAAAGAAACUGCUCAAGAAGCGGUUCGGGGGUGUGCAGAGGAGCCCAGAAGGUGGGCUAAAUCGCAUGAUGGAGACACACGCCAAGGAGACAUUUCAAUUUAUCACGGACAGGAUGAUUGAUACGGAGAGAAGUGGUAAUACCACUGAAGAUGAGAAAUAGAUUCCCGGGAGAACUUUUCAUGGAUGGGGAAUGCGAAGCGAUUGUAUAUACCAGCGCGCGUAGGGUAAUCGGCCUCGUCAAAUAAAUCUAGCAGGUUGCUGGGUAAUGCGUUUGUAGCACUGUUCUUUCAAGCACGCAGGGUUCCUAUUGGACUGUCAACUUUGCAGUAGGUUGAUAUACACCAAUCGAGCACCAUUUCACAUUUUG